AUUAGAGGAAGAAAAACACAAACUGAAGCAGAAAGCAACAGAGGGAGGAACAAACCAACAAACCCUCUCAUCGAAGAUGAUGACUCGGUCUUCAUCUGGUGGACGAAUCAACAUCUCCGCCACUACCAAGAAGAUCGACGUUGAUAAUAGGAUUUCCCUUCCCUUCUACUACCGAAUCGCGGAUAAUAUUCUCAAGCAGGCUGACAUCUUUCGCGAAGAAAAGAAUAUCAUCGAUCUUUAUGUAAUGCUCCUUAGAUUUUCAAGUUUGGUUACUGAGACAAUACCAUGCCAUCGAGACUAUAGAACAUCUCCUCAAGGCUAUAAACUUUAUCUCAAAAGGAGAUUAAUCACUGCAUUGAAUGAGCUUGAGGAACUAAAACCAGUUGUUCAAGUAAAACUUCAAGAGUUACACAAUAAACAGAUUUAUCGCCAAAGUAAUCAGCAAAAUUCCUGGAAAAAUGGCAACCUAGAAUCUUCUGUUGAGUGGCCUGCCAUUAAACAAAACAGGAAUGAUUCUAUUACGGAGAAGAGACUACAACCUGGUACUCGUAACUAUGUAUAUCAAGCUCCAAUGGCUCUCGUUCCUGCUAAACCGGCAGAAGAACAUUUCCGCCGAAUUAUUCCGCGCGCAACGGAGGAAACUCUUUCAAGACAUUCUAUUCUGGGUCCCAAUGGACUUCAUGGGCUGUGGCAACCUCCUAGUACCUACAAGGUUCAAUACCCAAGCAAUUUAGACUUCACUCCACUCCAGAUUCCAAGUUUAGUUUCUGAUCCUGUUAGGGAUAGCACUUCUCAGCAUUCCAUCAAAGAUGGAACAAUGAUGAAGGACGAAGAUGGCCGCUUGAAAAAUAAAAAUUCGAGUCUGGAACCUGCAGUUCAGCCCAAAAAUGAUAACCAACACAUUAAAGAUUCUGAUUCUCUUAUUUCUUUUGAAACUGAUGAAAUUUCUUCACCGCCCAAAAUCAUUAGACAACCGUCUCCACCCCCAGUGCUAGCUGAUGUACAGGAUUUGAUCCCAAGACAACCUUCUCCUCCCCCUGUGUUAGCAGACAUCCAGGAUUUGAUCCCAUCGUUAAAUUUAUCUGCUCAGCCAGAGUGUGUGUUGGAAAAUGGAUCAAAUGAUGCUUCAGUUUGCUCCGAAGAUCCCUUGGAGUUGCAUAUUUCUACCGAACUGAUGAACAGUUUUAUGAAGCUAGCAAAGUCAAACACCGAUAAGAACUUGGAAACAUGCGGUGUCCUUGCUGGUUCCCUUAAAAACAGAAAAUUUUACAUCACUGCUCUCAUAAUUCCUAAGCAAGAAUCAACAUCAGAUUCGUGCCAGACCACAAAUGAGGAAGAAAUAUUUGACGUGCAGGACAAGCGGUCCCUUUUCCCUCUUGGAUGGAUUCAUACACAUCCUACCCAAUCUUGUUUCAUGUCUUCAAUCGAUGUUCAUACACACUACUCUUAUCAGAUCAUGUUGCCUGAAGCUAUUGCCAUUGUGAUGGCUCCAAAAGACAGUUCGAGAUCACAUGGCAUUUUCCGGUUGACUUCUGGCGGAAUGACGGUCAUCAGGCAUUGCCCGAGGCGGGGCUUCCAUCCUCAUGACCCCCCUUCUGACGGUAGUCCUAUUUACCGUCAUUGUAGCGACGUUUAUAUGAAUCCCAGUUUGAAAUUCGACGUUAUCGAUCUUCGUUGAUAUGAUCCUCUCUCUCUAAUUCAUUAUACGUACGUAGUUUUGAUUCAAUUUUUUGAACCAGCAGAAAGAUGUAAAUGUUGAUGUCCCAUUUUGUGUGUUUUUACAAUCUGUGUGCUAACUCUUACAAACUGUAAUUCAAUUUGUCAUUGAUUUUCUGUUUUAA